AGCCUCGGCGCCACUCAGCUGGAUACAGCGGGCGCUGUCCGAUCCUCGGACCCUCGCCGAAUCGGAGCGCCAUCCUCACCGCGUCUGCAGAAGCCGAGGUGAAGAGCCUGGUCAUCAUGGCAGCAGAAGGGCCCCAGGCCCUGGCCAAGGUCAGCAGCAUGGCGAUGCUAGAUGCGGCGGAGGACGCCAGGAAGGACCUGGAGCUGAUCAUGAAACCCUACGCCAACUGGGAGGAGUUUCUGACGCCGGGGCCUGUCUCCAUUGCCGUCCUGGGCGAGCUGAUCUUCAUCUCCGCGGCAGAGGCCUUCCAGGUGAAGCUGGGCCCAGCAGGCGGCUCGUCGCGGUCCCUGAGGCAGCCAGAGUCUUUCCACGCCUGCCUGAUGCAGGUGAGUGACCAGGGAUGGAAGGCCUUCCAGCAGGCCCACAAGAAGAUGGACCAGAUCCGCCUGUACACAAUGAUGGCCCCCAAGCACCUGGCCAGCGCUGUCCAAGUACUGGCCCGCCCACCCAGUGUGGUCAAGGCCAUGUUGCCCAGUCGGCUGAACAGCCUGAGGAAGGUGGCUGACCAGUGCCAGGGACUGGCGGCAUCCGUCGAGGGGGAGUUUGCCGCGCUGAUGGACCUGGUGCAGGAGCUGCUGGAGCUGUGCGCCGCCUCCCGCACGGAGUGCCACCACCAGGCCAAGGAGGUCGGGCAGGCGCUGGAGGAGGCUCGGGCGCAGAAAGCGGCAGCCGAGAGGGACAAAGGGCGGCUGGAGGCCCAGUUUGCUGAAGCCUGUGCUAGGAUGGAGGAGACACGCGCCCUGUACCAGAAAGCUGUGCGGGCCAUCCCCAGCGGGAAGAACCUGGUGGGGGUCUACGUGACGCAGUCCCUGCUGGACCUCACCAGUAGCCUAGCCACUGAACUGGUGGCGGCGGGCUUGACUGAGCCUGUGGGCCUGGCCCUGGAGAUCACCAACACGGCCACGCAGCACUUCAAGAAGAAGCUGCAGGACAAGAAGGCGGCGGCCAAGGGGGACGGGGGCCCUGGGAGCUCAGCUGCCCUCUGUCUGAGAGCUAUGGAGAUGGUGAUGGGCAGCGUGCUGCUCCAGGACCUGGUGUCGGACAGCGGGACCCUGGACCCGGCAAAGCUGGGCACUACUCCCUCGGACAGUGGGGCCAUGUUCCAGAGCAGCAGGGAUCAGCUGGAGCAGGAGCCGGAGGGAGCCGACAGGAAUGCGGGCCUGGAGCUGUGCCGGGCUGGGGUCGAGCUGUGCCAGAGGCUGGAGCAGCUUGGCCAGGCCGAGAAGCCCAGUGAGGCCCAGCUGCAGGAACUGGCCUCUGCCGUGCAGGAGCAGAGCACCAAGGUGCAGGCGUACCUGUUGGAUGUCAAGAAGUCAAUCAAGGCUCCAGCCAUUGCACCGCAGCCGCCCAACCUGAGCAGUGCCACCGGGGUGGGGAAGGUGGAGAAGUUGCAGGAGGGGUUGUCCAAGAUGGUGCUGGAGCAGGCCUGCUUCAGGGUGGAGCAGGCCAAGUCUCAGCUGGACACCAGCAGGGAGAACUACCAGAAGGUAGCCGAGAGCAAGGAGAAGGUGACCAAGGAGCUCGAUGAGGUGCUGCUGACCAUGAAGAGGUGCCAGGUGAAGGAGGUAGACUACGACACCACCCUCAAGCUGCUGGUGACAGGUCUGGGCGCCCUGAGCCAGGUCAAAGCGCAGUGGGCAAAGAUGACCAACUUCUUCCAGAUGAUGUCCAACCUGAUCCAGGUCUCCCUCAAUGAUGCCGUCACCCAGUUUGCCAGCGACAGCGAGGGCUGUGAGCUCAUCCCCGGCUACACCCAGGAUGCUUUCGUCAAGGAUAUGAUCUACACCGAGGCCUUCCAGGCCUGCAGUGUGGCCAGCCUCUGCCACCUCAUCGCCAGCACUUAUGUCGACGUCUCCGCGAAGCACCUGAUGGACCAGGUCACCAGCCUGGAGACCUACAUCAGCCUGAGCCCCUCGGACCCCCUCUUCAACGUGGAGCGCUCCAAGUUCCAGGAGGGCUACACAGUCGCCCAGGAGGCCGUCAGGCAGCUGGUCCUGAAGAACAAGGAGGAGUUCGAGGCCCAGAUACAGCAGAGGAUUGACCGCAUCAACUCGACGCUGCAAGAGGUCACGCCUUUGGCAAUGAAGCAGUAGGUCACAGUCGUCCAGCACCACCUCCCCGCAACCCUACCCCACCCCCAGCAGCCAGCCCUCCACCGGUUUCCAGGCAAGAGAGUGUGAAUGAGCUGCCAUGCAGUGCAAAACCAAGUAGAGCCUUGCCUUGCGCACUGAGCACCGAGCAGGUCAACACCUGGUUGGUCAUGGUCCCCUCCCUCCCUGCCCCCGGCCGCCAGGUCACCCCUCGGGGUUCUGUGCGCAGACUGACAGAUAUGACGACUCCUUGAUGCUGGGAGCCAGGUGCUUGCUCAGUGCCUACACCAUGGUCCUUUCUCGGCAGGUGCCAGGGGUUGUCUGGAUGUCCUACGGCAGAAAGCAAUUUCCAAUAAUUCCCAAGAAAGAAGCACGGUAGCUUCAUUUGCCACGUGUACAUUGAAACAUACAGUGAAAUGCAUCGUAUUGUGUCGGGUCAAACCAGAGAGGGCUGUGCUGGAACAGCCCCCAAAUGCCACCAUGCCGCUGGUGCCAGUAUAGCGUGCCCACAAAUGACUAACCCUAACCCGUCCAUUUUGUACUGGGGAGGGGGGAACCAAAGCACUUGGGGGUCACAGGGAGAGCAUGCAAACUCCUCAAAGGCUGUGCCGGGAGUUGAAACCCAAUCUUCAUUGUGAAGUGGUGUGCUGACCGCUACUCAGCAGUGCUGCCCCUCUUGUAAUGACCAAGCUGGACAUCCCAUUGGCAGUCCCUCCUCCCGAUUCAAGAUGGGGAAGAGGUUUGUUUUACAGGUGCAAAUGGAUUUGGUCCUCCGGCACGUGAUGACCCCAUUACCUGUAGCACUGACGAAGGUCUUGCACGGUUCCCUCCUGCUGACGGAAGACGUGCUGUGUCCUGGUCUAGGCAGACACAACAGCAGUGUUAUCGUUAUUGAGUCGGACCCAAGGCACUGCCCAGCAUCGAAACCACUGCCUAGCAUUUCCAUAGCACCUCUUGUGUCCUUGAGAGAUCCCUGUGCUCUACUGCUGCUAAAGUACUUCCCAGUUUAGAAGUACUUUGCUACAAUGUCAGCUUGGCAGCCAUUCUGUGCACGGCAGAGGUUCUUGGCGUGUGGCAUUGAUUUGGAGAAUGCUGGGGGAGCUCUCUGCGUUCUGGAGCCGAGACUGUGGGAACCUCUACGGAGGCAGAUCACGGACAAAGUCGCAGUAGAAUGGGCCAUCUUUCAGUUUGUUGGUCGCACCAUUGAAAUGCGUAAUUUGCGUUAACGGCCAACACGCACAAGGACUUGCGGGGGGCGGCCUGCAAGUGUCGCCUCACUUCACUGGGAACGGCCACCACUGAAGUAGCAACCCAGCUAAGACCAGCGGAGCGCUGCUCGUCACACCGUACCCUGUGAAUGAAUGGUUAACUCCAGAAACCUUGUGACAAUCCCAGCCCAAGUGUCAGGUCACCUCGAGGUCGACACGGGCCUACCGUCCGUGUGAGUUGGAGAGGAGAUGUGAUGGGGUAUCAGUUUUAAGAGGUAAUCUGUAGAAGCCACAUUAGUGGGGUUGGGUGAACUGUGUUCACCUUGGUCACCCAGGCCUCCCAAAGCACGACUCCCCUCAAAAUUCCCACACCGAUCUGUUUGUCCUCGGCCUUCUCCACUGCCAGGGUGAGGCAAAGCUCAAAUUAGGGGGACAUCUGGGAUGUACUCUGGGUACUUGGAAAUGCUGGCUCCAGCCUCUCUGAAAAUGUGGAAAUGAGGCAAAACAAUAUUUGCUCCCAACAUGAGCGGGCCACUGAACACAUGUCUCUGGCCCCAAAGGAAUGCUUCAAUAAAUAAUCUAAAAGCACUUCUCUGUUAUUAUUUUCUGUGUUUUUUUUCUACUUCCAUCUGCUCCAGUCUGGCCUGUGGAUCAGAAUCAGGUUUAUAAUCAUUGACAGAUUGUGUGUCAAGAGAUUUGUUGUUUAGCAGCAGCAGUACAAUACAACAAGUAAAAUGUACUAAGAAUUGUAAUUAAGAAAUAUAUUUUUUAAAAGUGCAAAAAAAGAGCAAAAGUAAUGUUCAUGAACUGUUUAGAAAUCUGAUGGUGGAAGGGAAGAAGUUGUUCUUAAACCAUUGAAUUUGUGCCUCCACCCUGAUGGUCGUGAUGGGAAGGUGCUGGGGAGGCUGGUGCCCGGGAUGGAGCUGGUUGAGUCUACAACCUUCUGCAGCUUUUUCCGAUCCUGUGCAGGGGUCCCUCCAUACCGGACGGUGAUGCAGCCAGUUAGAAUGCUCUCCAUGGUACAUCUGUAGAAAUUUGCCAGUGUCCUUCAAAGUUCUCAGUACGUUUAUUAUCAAAGGAUGUAUAUAUUAUACAACCUUGAGAUUUCUCUCCUUACAGGCAGCCACAAAGCAUGAAACCCAAAAAACCAUCAGACACCCAGUGUGCAGAGGGAAGAAAAACAUAAACCGUGCAAACAAUAAAAGUAAGCAAAUAGGCUUCAGAGCGAAAGUGAAUCCACAGAAACAAAGCCCGGAGCAGUUGGAGCAGGCCCGGAGCCUCAGCCUUUCUCAGCUCAUCACACAGUGGAGCCAAAGGGUCACGGAGCUUACAGAUACAAGGCCCGGAGCCUCAGCCUCAGGUCAUCACACAGUAGAGCAAAGGGUUGCGGAGCUUACAGACACCAGGCCCGGAGCCUCAGACUCACUGCAGCGGAGAGCAGAACUGGCCCAGCGCUCGUCUCCGGUCUCAAUCCAUCUGGCCCAGCAUUUAAAUUGUCCAAAAAUUGGGUUGUCCUUCGCUUAGGACCCAGGCCCUGUCACAUUGAUACGAUCUGGGCCUGGGUUUAGCUGGAUGGGCUCAGAAACUCCUCCAUAACAAGAUAUGAAACAGGAGCAGGAGUUGGCCAUCUGUCUCGUCAGGCCUGAUCUGGCGAUGGACUCAUCACCUUCCUGCCUUUUCCCCAUAACCCUUAAUUCCCUUACUAUGUUAAAAUCUAUCCAGCCUUGCCUUAAAUAUAUUUACUGAGGUAGCCUCCACCGCUUCAUUGGGCUCCACACUCUUCAAUUCUGUCUCAACCUUCUUCCAACCACUUCUCUUCGAACGUGCCUUGACCUCGCUCUGAUCUUGCACUAUACCUGCACACCUUGAUCCUCGAGUUAGCCUCGCCUUCACUCGCCUCUUCAUCGUUUGUGCUCACCGUUUACCACAGUUUCCACAGAAAAAGUGUUAUUGGUGACAUUUAAAAAAUCUCCACAAACUCCUAAUAAAAUAUAGCUGCUGUCGUGCCUUCUUUGUGAUUGAAUCAAUAUUGAUGUAAGGAUGUCAAAGGUUACAGGGAGGAGGCAAGAGGAUGGGGGUUGAGAGGGAAAAUAAAUCAGCCGUGAUGGAAUGGUGAAGACCUGAUGGCCUAAUACUGCUCCUGUGUUUUAUGGUCUCAUCAGCUGCCCCAAGAUUCUUUCUCCCACCAAUAUUGAGGGACAAUGACCUACACAUCUAUACGGUGUGGGGGGAAACAGGAGCACCUGGAGCAAUGUUCUGGUGGAGGGUGCUCAAUCUGAAACUUCUACUGUCUCUCCAGAAAGCUGUGUUUUAAUUUAUUCGUACCGGUUCAUAGAUGUACGAUUGUUCCUUGUGUUUGGGGAGGGUGGUGCGGAGGAAGUGCUCCCAAUGUAGUGCAUCUUACUGUGAAACUGGGUAUCAAAAAACAUUUAUUACAGGUUCUUUAAGGUUGUUGUAAUCGGGGUGGUAAUAGGAACAAGCUCCCACUGCCUAUCAGAUGCUCCCAAUGUUGUGCAUCUUAAAUAGCCUCUGACAACCAAGUCUGGCUCCUGGCCUUCACAUGUGGCUUAGCUACGAACCCUGACGGAACUGUUUACUGGUGCCAUAAAACCGGUCACGUCAGGCAGAUGGGGCUCGUCAUCCAUGGCAAUUCUUCUGAGAAGGAAAAUUGAUCUCAAACCUCUGCUGUCUUGUGGUUUUACCCACUCGUGGCAAAGGCUUUGGGAGUAACCCCCAAGGGGAAAAUCUGGAGCUGGAUUUCCUAAGGCAGGUCAAUGCUGGCUGGUAACUCCUGUGACACUGCUGGUGCCAAACUCUAUCGGUCUCUGCCAUUCCCUGGGAUUCAUCAGCUGCAUGGCGAGGGGAGCCUGCUACAUGGGCAACAGCUUGCUCUUCGUAUCGUACUGCCCUGGCUUUCGUAUCACAUAGGCAGCCGGGACACAAUAUUAGUGGUCAUUCGCAACACUCACAACACGCUGGAGGAACCCAGCAGGUUGGGCAGCAUCCGUGGAAAAGAUCGGUCGACGUUUCGGGCCAGAACCCUUCGUCAGGACUGUAGGGGGAAGGGGCAAAAUAAUCUGCAGAUUAUUUUGUGUUAGCGUGUUGUGAGUGUUGCUUUGACCCCAGCAUCUGCAGAUUAUUUCGUGUUUAUCAGUGGUCAUUCCCUAGCCAACGUAGGGACUCCAAUAUGUGAUUUAAAACAGGAACUGCUGGAAACAUUCAACAAGUCAGGCAGCGUCUGUGGAGAGGGAAGGCGGUUUAACGUUCCUGGUUCAGAGCCCUCUCUCAGAAUGAGGAAAGAGAAGGUAAAUUGGUGUUAAAUUGAAGAGUUGGGAGGGACGGCUAAGACAAAGGGAACAUCCCUGAUAGAGCAAGGUCACAAUUGCCACGGGGAUCAUCUGUAAAAGUCUAGUCAGAAAGCUCGUUCAAUGCAGGAAGUGACUUUUGGCCCAUUGAGUUUAUACUGCCAACUGAGCACCCAUUUACACUCAACCCACUGUGUGGACUGGGCACAGGUGACGUGUAAGCACGAUAGAGGAGAUCACGCAGUGCACAGUGAGUGUGUUACAGCAGAGGGCAUGGGAGGGUCGUGAGGAGUAGGUUUCAAUGGGCAGAACUGCCGGAGGAAAUGGUCGAGGUGGAUACAAUGACAAUUUAAAAGACAUUUGGACAGGUAAAUUGGUUUAUCAUUGUCACAUGUAUUGAGAUACUGUGAAAAAUGCUUUUCCACCCAACAUACAGAUCAUUUCAUUCCCACAGGCAUUGAGGUAAGAAAUGGGAAAUGUCUAAUAACAUGGUGCAGAACAAGGUGUUACAGUUACAGAGAAAAUGCAGUGCAGGCAGACAAUAAGGUGCAAGAUCAUUAUGAGGGAGAUGGAGAGGUUGAGGGUCCAUCUCAUCAUGUUAGUCAUGUCAAUGGUCUUAUAACAGCGGGGUAGAAGCUGUCCUUGAGUCUUGUGGAAUGUGUAAUCAGGUUAUUGUGUUUUCUGUUUCAUGUAGCACCAUGGUCCUGAAAAACGUCUUGUUGUUACUGUGUACUGUACCAGCAGUUAUUGUCGAAAUGACAAUAAAAAGUGACGACUUGACUUGAGAAGAGACAAUGGUUGGGGUCUUUGGGGGAGGGGAGAAAAGACAAUGCCAUUGAUUGUGUUGGCUGCCUUACCAAAGGAAUAAGACCACAGAAGGAAGACCGGUUUCUGUGAUCUUCAUUGUCCUGGGGUCCUGAGCAAGACAGUUGCAUACCAGGCUAUGAUGAAUUGGUACAUGGAUAGGAACUAUUUGGAGGGAUAAGGCAAAUUAAAUUGGCUCAUGUACAUACAAACAAUUCGAUUUAGAUUUCCGAAUGGUGUAUGUCUCUGACUAUAUGCACAUCACCUCCCUUUUCUUUGAUACCACCUAUGCUCAGAGUAAUUAACACGAGCCAGAUAUCUGUGGAGAAGCCCGCAACAGGUGGAAAAGGGAGGCUAUGAUCACCAUCAGAUCAACCGUGUCUUUACCGGAUGCUGGGUCAGGGUGGAUGGACUAAAUGGACCCCUCCUGCUGCUAAUUCGUGUAUACACUUCCAGACUCACCUUGGUUCCUGAGAGUCAUAGAGCACAAUAGCACAGAAACAGGCCCUUGGGCUAUCAAGUCAAAUUAAGGAAAUGUAUCGUCAUGCACCUUGGUAGAAAGAAUAAAGGUGUAUGUGUACGGGGUCUUUCUUUUGUUACAUUUAAAAUGGCGAUUUUGUUAUGUUAAUCUGGGGAAUGCGGCUUUGUUGUGUUUUAACGCUGCAGAGAGUUUGCGCUAACAGUUUGUUUUAUUUUAAAAUGAGAUAACAAGGUUCUAUUAGCCAAUGGGUGGUUAUGUAUCGUUCUGUUUUCGGAUGCCAUGCUGUAUGAUAUGAGUUUUGGCGGGGGGUCGGAGGAGAGACGAGGAAGACCGUGGACGUGCGGAGAGGCUCCGGUCGAUCACUCCGGGUGGUCCCGAGCCGUGAGUCGACGGGAUUCGGGUGGUCGUCUGAAGUCGAAUUGAGCUCCAACGUAGCGCGCAAAGAACUUGGACUUUGAUAAGUGGUUCUUUCGAAGACCCUGACCUGAAGUUACACACAGACUAUGGUUCUUUGCGGGAAUGAGACCGGCUCUCGGGGUUUCAUGACUGGCUGUUAUUCGGCAUGCCAAGGGCUCAGCCUAAGAGCUCAUCUUGCCUCGGAGGGCCAAGAUCUUGUAGCUCUGGAGACGGGCAGAUUGAAGAAAACGCUCGAUGCGGACUGGGCUGCUUUGAUGAUGAAUGGCCUGUGUUGGUGAGCGGCAUGGCGCUGAACUGAACUAAACUGAGUACUACUGGUCCGAUGGUUGAUCAGACCACUGGCCUGAGGCUCCGGAGGGUUCCUGUGCUGUGGAAGACGUCCUGCCUCGUCCCUGUGCCGAAGACACCGCGCCCCAGCGGCCUCAAUGACUACAGACCGGUGGCAUUGACCUCCCACAUCAUGAAGACCCUGGAGAGACUUGUUCUGGAGCUGCUCCGGCCUAU